CGACGUGAGGCCCAGUGGCGCCACUUGACUUCCUCCGGCGACGCGCACAAAACGCAAAGAUGAAAAUGGUGACGACGACGAUGAUGACGAUGAUGAUGAUAACGAUGAUGAUGACGACAACGGCGUCCGGCGCACUCGCGCAACUGCCGCGCCCCUGUGAUGCCCUUUACAAGCCCCUCCCCACCAAGCACCUGGAUCAGGUGUUCGGCGAGUGGCGACUGCAUUGGGGCGCCGCCGAGUUCCUGCAGAUUGACGAUCUGGCCCACUCGCAUGUCAGUCUGCGGCCAAAACGCGAAAUUGUGCACUUGCUCGAGAGGAACAAGUACCGGGAUCAUUCGUGCGUUACGUACUCCUUGAACGUGACCGCUCCCGCUGACCCGACGACCGCGGACCCCCUCAUCUUGCCGGCCGUCAUCGACAGAGUGGUGAGCAACGGUUCGCUGUUGACGCUCAACGUUUCGUUCAUGCUGCAUUUCUACGAGAGGUCGUCGGAAGCCAUGUUGAUGUUUGUCGAAGCUGGCGAGAUGGGUCACUUCCUGCUCAGCUACACAAGGGCCGGGCAUCGGGUGGACUCGUCGCAGUUGGAGGUCGAACACGAGAAGCUGGCGAGAAUGGUCGCGUGUUUGUCCUUCACCCCCGGGCGACUAUUCAUCUACGAUGGAAAAGCAGAAGUUUGCGCAGCAGAAUCAACGACGGACGAGUAACGGACGGGAGAUGAGACCAACGGACAAACGGGAAUGGAUCGGACGCACACGUGUCUUUAGGACAAAAGUCAAAAUCCUUCAUUUAUGUUGUGUGUGCGUGUGCGUGUUCAACACUGUGUGUGUAGCACCGUUCUUUCAAUGUCAACUUUAUUCAAAUAAACAUAAAUAAGUACAAAAGGAACAACAA